ACAUAGAGUUCAUAUUAAUCUCCUAUCACCUUAGUGUGCGUCAUUUUCAGCAAUGUACACACACAGCGCCGAUGGCGAUAAGACAACGAUAGGGAAACUUAUCAUUCCACCGCGAUUACGAGUCGAACGCAGAUGGGCUUGUGUCAUCGUUCUUAAAAAGUAAAAAUGCGCGCCCUUUUGUUUUUGACGUUCCUUUUUUUAAUAUUCAAAAAUGGAAGUGCUCAAGACGUUUAUGAAGAAAUUAUGGAAGAAGAAGUGUUGAAACUGAUCAAGUUGUGUGAUGUUUGCACGUGCAGUGAAAUCCCCGAUAUCGAUGGGACUCAUAUAGUGUUGUAUGUUCAGUGUUCGGAGUUCGAUAGGAUAGAAAAUGUUGCUGAUUUGGACAAGAUUGCAUGGCCUUUGAAUCCUAAUGGCUUGAAGAUAUCGGCCACUUUCGAUGGACUAGGACUGUCUACAUUGGGCAAGUUGCCGCCAAAUUCACAAGUGGAGACGCUCCGAUUCACAAACAACGCCAUAAAAGCUUACUGGCCAGAUCCUUUUAGCGACGUUCCAAAUUUGAAAAUUCUGUCAUUCUCGCACAAUGAGCUCACCACGAUCACGCCUGACCUUUUCACUAAUAUAAACGCUUUGGAAGAUCUAGACUUAUCGUAUAAUAAGCUGUCGGAGUUCAAUCCUUUAGAUUUUAGGCACUUACGUCAUUUGAAGAAGCUGAAUUUGCAAAGUAAUAAUUUGAAGCGGAUUCCGCUGGAUGCGCUGCAGCCUAUUACAGCGCUUGAAGAUUUGGAUGUCAGCAAGAAUGGGAUAUUCGACCUCAUUCUUCAAAGAAGUGACGUUGAGAAUUUGGCGCGCUUGAAGCGGCUGAAUUUGAAUGAGAACAGAAUUAGAUCUCUCACUAAGGAUUCCUUCCCACCGAAUAAUAGUCUAGAAUUUUUAGAUUUAUCAAACAACAUCAUAGAAAUAGUUGAAGAAGACACCUUCUUGACGUGCACGAAUUUAAGAGAAUUGAACCUUGCGCAGAACAACAUAACGUUGGUUUUCGCACUACCACCGGGGUUGCAGAUUGCCAUACUGAAAAUUAAUACUUUGUUCCAUUGGCCCAAGUUCCCUAGUGGGAUCAAGUAUAUCGAUCUGUCUUAUAACAGGCUGUCGGAUCUAUAUGACGAGAAUUCUGUUAAUUUUGAUAGUUUGGAGGUACUAAACAUCGGAGGAAACCAAAUAAAAGAAAUAAACAUAGAAAAGAAGUUACCAAGCUUAUACAGUUUGGAUCUAUCAUACAACUUGAUAGCUGAAAUACCAAAGACAAUUAGCACUCAAUAUUUUCCCAAUUUAGAAGAACUUCAUUUUGAUGGCAACCCUGUAGAGACGGUUUAUUUUAAAAAUAUAAUUGCCGUAAAGAGUUUGUAUAUGAAUGAGAUGAAGAAUCUUCGUGUGAUUGAUGAGAAGGCGUUUAGUAAUGUGGUAGGGAGGGCCGCAGAGGAAACGGAAAACGAUAUUAGUUGCUUCUCUCUGUAUCUGUCAAGUUGUCCAUCUUUGGAGGAGAUUAAGGCGGGAGCUUUUGAUGGUACUUCAGUUUGUAUGCUGGACAUAAGCAAGAACAACCUAACCUACUUACCAAAGAGCCUAGUAGACUGGUCCUCCGUGAGUGAGGGAGUGAACUUGCAGUUCAACCCGUGGAACUGCAACUGUGACAUGCAGUGGAUCGUCGAUGAGCUGCUUCCUCAGAUGUAUGCUACUAAGCAUUCUAGGUUGCUGGCUGAAUUGAGGUGUGGUUCCCCUCGCGCAUUUGAAGGCCUGCGUUUGGUUCACUGGUACAACUGGACGGAGCGAGCCAUGUGCGGGGAUGCGGCCUCUAGGAGCGGCGUGCAUGGGAACUAUAUGCUGGAACCAUCAACAGACAACCUAGGCCCACGUGUGACGAACUUAACCCUAAUCCUAGGCGCCAGCAUCAUAGUAUCUUUACUCGUAGCAAUAGCUUUAGCCGUCUACUUAAUAAAGACGAGGAAGAAAUACCGCAUUCGUCGCGCCGCCAUGAAACGAAAGAGGCAAAGUGCUACGGACAUUACAAAUGGACAUAAAGAACAGUUUACUAACUUAAAUACUAGUAAAGUUUGAGAUUUUGAGGGAAUUUGUGGUGAAAUGUGUGGGUGAUGCAGUGUUUAAGUUUAGUGGUUCUGAUUUGCUUGCGAUUGUAAGAGUGAACGAUGUGGUAGAUUGUGACGAACUCAAAAUCGUGACGAACUUGUGGUUUAACUGGAUAUGAUGACGAACCUUUCAAGGUUUAUGUUUUUUUUCAAAGGUCGCUUAAAAUGCAAAGUAAAUCAAAAUAUAAUAUUCCUCAUUUAAGGCAGAAAUAAUUCAUAUAAUGUCACAUCGUUCGCUUACACUAUCGUUAGCAAUUA